UUAUAUCUUAAACAAUUUUUUAUCAAAAAUUAUAUAAAUGAAUUUUAUUCUAUUAACUACUCUAAAACUAUAAAUUUUAAUGGAUUUUGUUAACUCACUCGAUCUAGAUUCCGCAAAUGACAAAUGUAAUCGAGUACGAUCGUGGUAUUUGUACGAACAGUAUAGGUCGUUGGAACAGAAUCAACUAGACGCUGCCCAAAGACUGAAGAAUAAAUCAUACCAAGAUAAGAUUUUAAAACAGGAACUUAGUGAGAGACGAGCACGGCGCAGACUAUGCGACCAGUUUGGAUUAUGUCAGAGUGAAUCUAAACUAGACAGGAGUGUACGCAGUGUACCUUCGAAUGUUUACCUUAAUGAUGAUGACCUUUUUGAAAGCUUUAGUGAACUUCACGAUGAGUAUGAAUUGGAAAACUACGAAGACAAUAACAGUCACGAUUCAGAAACUAGCAAUGAAAUUGAAGACUUUACAAGUGUUGCUAACAUAAAAGAGGCUAAUACUGCGAAUUUGAAUGAUGUUGCUGAAAAUGUUAAAAUUGAUAAAGUGGAUAAUGAUAUAAGAGAAGAACUGGAAACUGUCAAGAAGAACAUUGCAGAAAAUAUAAAUUUACAGUUAGAAACUGUGAAGGAAAACAUAAAAUGCUUGGAAAAAUACGCUAAAUUUGACGAUGAGGCGGAAAUAUCAGAUGUAGACGAUGUUACUAUAAAUAUUCCCAGAGAAUCAGAUGUUAAUUAUCUUACUAACUAUAAAUUAAAAAAUAUUAAGGACGAUAACAGCGUGCUAAAAGUGUGGGCGAAUUUUGUUGACUUUGCCUACAAGAUGAUUCAUUUAAACCAUGGUAACUGUUAUUACGAAUACAGUUCGCAAAUACUCACAGCUGUGUUGGCAUGCGAUGUUCUCUUUCGCGGAGUCAGCAGAAUAUGUAAUUAUUUGCAGACUUACGUUUCACCGAUAAAUUGUAGCGAUUCUGAAACCUCUUUUAUAGAUAAUAAAAAAAUAAAACGAAAAAAACCAGUUCAUUAUGAAAAAAAGAACAGAUGCAACUGGGCCACGGAGCUUCACUUGGCGAAUAGAAAUAAACAUAGCAAUAAAUUGCGUAACUGUAACAAAAAAUAUCAUUCGGAUUGUGAGCGAUAUAACUGUUGUAAGAACUCAUUUGAAAACUUCUUAAAUGAUGUCAAAUGUCGUGGUACCAGUGAACCUUUACGCAGUACAUCAAAGCUUUCAGGCUGUAAAAAAUACAGCGAAAAAUAUAUUAAAAAACCACGACAAUUUCUAAGAGAGAAAUGUUCAAAAGUAAAUUUUUGUAAAUGUCAUCGUAUUAAGAACUGUAUUAAUCCAAUAUUACAACUUGUCCGAUAUAUCGAAAUUUUACUGCAGGAUAUUAUAGAUUUAUAAAAUGU